AUGGCCAUGACCCUACCGAAAGGAAUACCGACCCUCAAGGCGCACGGCACAGGCAAUUACACCAGGACGGACAACGUGUUCUGCUCCACCCCCCUUGCUAAGUCCUUCAUUACCUGCAAUACCACCCCUGAUAUGCGACCACCAUGCACAGACCACAUGCCUAUAAUAUCAACACUAGACCUUGGACUCGGGAGGACGACCCAAGCGCAGAGGAGAGUUUGGAGAGCGACAAACUGGGGCGAAUUCAGACGGACACUGACAACCGAGCUUGCGAACCGACCCCCGAACCCUCUACGAACGCCAGAAGAAGUCAAAGAGGAGAUCAAGGCAAUCGACGAAGCAAUCGAUACAGCCGUACACAAGCACGUACCGCUAUCAAAGCCAUGCCCGCACUCAAAGCGCUGGUGGAACCCGGGCCUAUCUAAGGAAAGACGACUGACGCAGAAGAUGCAACGCGCAUCAUACGCACAUCGACACAUACCCGAACACCCCGCACACGAGAUGGCGAGAACCAUGCGGAAUCGGUUAACCGAAAAGAUCCGGAAGACGAAGGAACAGCACUGGAGGAGCUGGCUGCAAGGACUGACAGAGACGGACGUCUGGACAGCGCAGAAGUUAGUGGCAGGCCCAGCGUCGGACGGAGGAAAAACAAGAAUGCCCGCUCUAAGAACGGACACCGGAACACGGACGGCUCACGCAGUCACCACAGACGAAGAAAAAGCCAAAAUACUCCACGCUGAGUUCUUCCCGCCCAAACCGCCUCAUUCCCUUGUCCCGGAUCAACAGACUUACCCUGAACCUGUUUACAGAUGGAAACCCCUCUCAGACACAAUAAUCUAUGCCGCAAUUGCGAAGCUGAAACCCUACAAGGCCCGACAGCCCGGCACCGCGCCCAACUGCGUAUACAUAUAUAACGCAGCACAACUUGUCCCGAGGCUAGGGAGAGUAUUCAGGGCAGGCGACAGACUCGGCUACUACCCACGCGAAUGGAACCGAAUCCACACAGUCGUACUCAGAAAACCCGGAAAAGCAAGCUACGAGACGCCAGCCAGCUACCGCCCCAUAGUUCUAGCCAAGGGCCAUAUGUCAAUCGAAAACGCAGCGCGCAAUCUACAAGUCACCACCGAGGUCGAGUUGGCAGGCAUCCUACCUCAAUCCCAGUUCGGGGCGAGACCAGGGCGAGCAACGACCGAUGCGCUCCACGUAGUCACAAAAAUUGCAAAGGACGCAUGGAGGAGAGAACAGGUAGCCAGCGUCCUCUGUACAGACGUCAAAGGCGCGUUCCCGAGUGUAGACCUGGACGUACUUACUCACGAACUACGCAUGGCGGGAAUACCAAGGCAACAUACUGAUUGGAUACAACGCCGAUACGCCGGCAGGAAAGCAAUCAUCACCUUUGACGGAUACACAUCCGAGCCGAUAGACGUCGAAAACGGACUCGACCAAGGUGACCCACAUUCAGGCCUACUGUGGCUAAUAUACAACUCAGGACUCGCCAAGAUCCCAGACAGGAAACAAGGAGAACACGACGUCACCUUCGUAGACGACGAAACACUCAUUGCAACGGGGAAAGACUUUAAGGAAACGCACCAGAAGAUCAGAGACAUGUUAGAACGACCGGGCGGCCUGGCGGAGUGGGCACGAAGCCAUAACACCACCUUUGGACCGGCAAAAUACCAGCUGGUAGAUCUUUCCAGACGUCGGGUAAAGAAACCAUUCCAGCCAAACAAGACAAUGCCGGAACCGAGACCCGACAUGAAACUGGGAUCGCACAAGAUCAUCUCCGCACCGGCGGUCAAGCUACUAGGGGUCUGGAUCGAUCGAGAGCUACGUUGGAAGGAACAAGCAGCAGCCGCCAUCGCCAAGGGACAUACAUGGCUGAAUCAAGUCUCAAGACUCGCAAGACCUUCACACGGGGUAGGACCGCCCGAGAUGCGCCGCCUAUACCUAGCAACAUGCGUGCCAAGAAUGCUCUACGCGGCGGAUGUCUUCCUCACCACGACACGACACAACUCCGAAGAAGGGACCAUACCCACAGCGGGGGCCCUCCCGAAACUCAGAUCGAUACAAAGGCGCGCUGCUAUCCUCAUUACGGGCGGAAUGAACACCACACCCACAGAUGCGCUAGAUAUACAUGCCAGGCUAUUGCCAAUCCACCUACAGGUGAAGAAGACGCGACACCGAGCCGCUGUACGACUGGCCACCCUCAGCAAAGUACACCCCCUACAUGGCGCAGUCCACAAUGCAGCGGCCCGCUACGUCAAGAGACACCGCACCCCCCUACACGAGCUCAUGCACGAGUUUGAUCUACACCCGCGCCAAAUGGAAGACAUCAGACCAAUCCGACAACCGGCAGAUUGGAGACCGCAAAUAAAGAUCGCUUCCCGAACCACAAAGGAGACGGCCAUAGCGCAGGAGCGCUCGGACCCGGCUAAGUGGAAGGUCUACACCGACGGCUCGGGGAUUGAUGGCCAAAUAGGUGCGGCAGCGGUACUAUAUCACAACGGGACUAUCAAAGCCAUUGCACGAAAGUAUAUGGGCACGGACGACCAACACACUGUAUACGAAGCCGAAGGAAUAGGGCUGAAUUUAGCCAUAGGGCUUAUUGCAGAACAGAGAGAUCUACAAGGGAGCGUAUCGAUCUACGCUGACAACACCUCUGCCAUCGACGCAACAAGGAGCCGCAUGCCAAAUCCCUCCCAUUACAUAUGGGACGCACUCGACAGUGCCACCACGCGGCUGCGACAGAUAAAACCAACCGUCGAAAUAACAAUUCGAUGGUCGCCAGGACACAUGGAUAUCUUGGGAAACGAAAAGGCCGAUGAAGAAGCGAAGGCAGCGGCAAUGUCACGGACAACGAACCCACGCCGAACAGACCCGCUGCUACACAAAUCCCUACACGGAACAUUACCCUUCAGCAAAUCGGCAAACGUACAAGCAUACAACGCAGCACUGAAAGCGAGAGCGAACGCAGACUGGAAGAAAUCCAUGAGAUACAAUCGUUUGGGAAAGUUACUCCCAAACGCACCCACUAACAAGUUCCAGAAACUCACCAAAGAUAUCCCAAGACGACAAGCAUCGAUCCUCACCCAACUCCGCACGGGACACGCCCCACUCGCCAGCCACCUACAUCGCAUAGGAAAGAACGAAUCUCCGAGAUGUCAGGCCUGCCAACUGGAGAACGAGACGGUCGCCCACUAUCUACUCGCCUGUCCGGCACACGAAGCAGCACGUCGACUGAUGAACGAAGACGGCGGCCCGAACACGCGGGAUAUCACAAAGCUCCUCUCAUCCCCCAAAAUCACACCACACCUAAUGCGAUACAUCUCGAGGACGAAACGUUUCACGCGCACAAUGGGAGAAGUCGACCAAAUCGAAGGGAUCGAUACAACAACGAGACGCGGGGACAAUCACGGAACGCGACAGCGACCACACACGAGCAGGUGCUAG